CAUUAUAUGCCAACACACUCAAUUUUCUCUCAGUAAAACUCGAUUUUCUCCAUUAAUAUAAAUCAGAAAACUUUCUUGUCAUAUCAGUCGUGAAGAAUGUCAAAUACUGAUAAAUUACAGGCCCGUGUCAAUGAACUGGAGGCCGAACUUGCACAGUAUCGGCAACAAUAUGGUGGGGUUUGUCGUGAAAAAAUAACAGAAAUGAGCUCUGAAGUUGUGGAUUCCAAUCCUUACAGUCGAUUGAUGGCCUUGAAGAGGAUGGGCAUUGUGGACAACUAUGAGAGAAUCCGUGAUUACACUGUUGCAAUUGUGGGUGUUGGAGGAGUUGGGAGUGUGACAGCUGAAAUGUUGACGAGAUGUGGGAUAGGAAAGUUGUUGCUGUUUGAUUAUGAUAAAGUGGAGUUGGCCAACAUGAAUCGUCUCUUCUUCCAACCACAUCAAGCAGGACUAUCGAAGGUUGAGGCUGCGGAAAAAACACUCAGAAAUAUCAACCCGGAUGUAGAAUUUGAAGUACACAACUAUAACAUCACAACUAUGGAUAACUUUGACCAUUUUAUGAACAGGAUAAGCCAUGGACAUCUUAGAGGAGAUAAACCAGUAGAUCUUGUGCUGAGUUGUGUGGAUAACUUUGAAGCCAGGAUGGCAAUCAACACAGCUUGUAACGAGUUGGGACAGACAUGGAUCGAGUCAGGCGUGAGUGAAAAUGCUGUCUCCGGUCACAUACAAGUCAUCAAACCAGGGGAGACGUCUUGCUUUGCUUGUGCUCCCCCACUUGUUGUAGCGACCCACACCGAUGAGAAGACGUUAAAACGUGAAGGUGUGUGUGCUGCUAGUCUUCCAACCACCAUGGGCAUCGUAGCAGGAUUUUUAGUACAGAAUUGUUUAAAGUAUUUACUAGAAUUCGGUGAGGUCUCCUUCUACCUUGGCUACAAUGCUUUACAAGAUUUCUUCCCCAAGAUGUCGAUGAAGCCCAACCCGAGCUGUGAUGACCGUUACUGCGCAAAACAACAGAAAGCAUUCCAGGAGCAAGAGGCCCUGAAACCAAAGCCUGUGGUGGAGGAAGUGAAAGAAGAAGAAGCCUUACAUGAUGAGAAUCCAUUCUUCAUAGAGGUGGUGUCGGAGACAACUGAAGAGGAACUUCAAGCUGCUGAGGGGGAACAGCCAGAUCUUGUAGCUGGAGUAAAAGUGGCAUACACAGUCAAACAGCCUGUGGACGAGGGAGGCGAUAGUACAACUGGUGCAGAGGCUGGGACAAGCUUAGACGAUCUGAUGGCACAGAUGAAGAAUUUAUGAUCGGUGCUAAACGAAAAUAUCAUAUAGACAUUCUAAUUGUACAUGCACAUUCUAUUUAUGGAUAUCAAAGGGCGAUAACCCCAAGUUGUGGUCGGUGCUAAAACGACAAUAUCAUAUCGACAUUCUAUCAGUGCGUGCACAUUCUGUGCAUUCAUGGUUCAGCAUCUUUUCAAAAGGACGAUAGUGCCAUUUUUUGUUUAUAGUGACAAAAUGUGUUUUGUGAAUUAUAUUUAUGGAUAAAUGGGUACAUUCUAUUAGCAACAGAAAACACCCAAUAUCAUAUAGACUAACAACAUUAUCAUAUGGACUUGUAUGGACAUUCUUUUUCAAAAAGACCCUGCUUGUUGCAAAAAGACAACAUCAUAUAGACAUUCUAUCUGUACAUGUAUGCUAUUAACCCUUUUACUGCACUGAAAAAUAAAAUGAUGAUAUCGA